CUCUAGGCUCAUUCUACUUUAGGGCAGACAUCGAAAUUGUCGUAUAAAAAAAUUGAGAAAUAAUAAAAUUUUUGGAAAAGUAUAAAAUUAUAAGUAUAAAACGCAAAAACAAUAAAGUGCACAAAAUUAUAUAUUUAUACAUAUAUAUAUAUACAUAUAUAUCUAUACAAAAAUGUUGAGCUCUACGUGCCACCGAGACUCGGACAAUUGUCCGGAACAAUCCUCUGGCGAUCAUGACGAGCAAUUGACUCUCGCCAUAGCUGCGAUGAGAGCUGCCGUAGAAAUGAGUAGUGCAUCCACUGGUGACUCUGCUAGCGAAUCCGAGUUACUUGCUGGCGAAUCCAAUUUACCGCUAUCGCAGCAAAAUGCUGGUGUAUCGCCUUUCGUGGCUAUUGGUGCACCCGAACAUAUGUCGCUUGAGAAGUACAAAGCUUUAGGUGCACGGGCACGGGCUUAUGAGGCUCGGGUCCAUUCGCCCAUCUAUAGGUUCGGCAAAUUCUGGACCUGCUCGGAGAUAAUUGCCAAGCUGCCGCACGUGAUGAAGCUGUGGGAGACCUAUCGGCUGUUCGUACGUCCACCCAGCAUCGCGACCAUUGACAUCCUGAAGGUGGGCGAGUGCCUGCGCGCGAUGGGCGCCAACUUCGAGGAUACGACUAUGAAGGCCAGUUUGGUGGAACGUCUGCUCACCUUUCCGCACGUAAAGCCAGCUACCUCCGCCAACUUUGAGCUGGUCCUGGCCGUCUACAGUGAGGUGAUACAGGUGGAUCCGGUGCCCGAUUGCGACAUAUUGAUCAAGGGCCUGAGCUGCUACGACAGCUUGAAUACGGGCAAGGUGGCCGCUAAACGACUGCGCCGCAUCCUGACCACCAUGGGCCAGCGGCUCUCCGAUGGGGAGGUGAGCACCCUGCUCGACUCCAUGACGGAUGCUGGCGGCGAUGUCGACUAUGUGACCAUGAUGAAGACCCUCUUCCCCACUGAUACCGAGACCCCCAUCAAGCUGAAGCAGGUGCGCAUGUAUCUGACGGCCCUCGGCAAGCACGCCUACCACAUGGACCUUACGAAGCGCGACGACAUAAUACGAGCGCUGCGCAAAACCGACAAAGAGAAGACCGGCUAUGUGAAUCACGCUACCAUGAUAGAGCUGCUCGAAAAGAGCGGUGAGAACUUCACAGUUGCCGAACUUGUUGCUCUCGCCAGCGGUAUAAGCAAUGACGAAAAAAAAAUUCAUUACCGCCAUUUCCUCCAAAUGAUCAUGAACAACUGAACGAGUGGGACAGCGAGAGAAGAGCGAGAGAGCUCAUGCGACUGGCUGUGAGAGUAUAUUAACAAAUGUGUAUUCUGUCUGCAUGCCUAUCAAACUCAUUUAGGACUAUCAUUUUAAAGUUUACCCAAAUUAUUACGAAGUAUUCCUAUCUACAUACAUAUGUACAUCUAAAUAAUCAGUGCUCAGCUGUACUAAUUCUCUGCGGCGAAAGUACUACGACACAAGGCACGACAAUGUUCGUCCUUAAUAUUUCAAUCGUCAAUUAAAGAGAAUACUGUUUGAACUUUAA